GUGGUCGGAAUAUCAGGUAUGAAAACAGCCAUUCCUUGUAAUAUCACACCCCCUAAUUCAAACGAUGACGUAUCUUUGGUGCUGUGGUACAGAGGAGAUACUUCAAAUCCACUAUAUAGUUUUGACGCCAGACGAGGACAUACAAGCCUUGGCCACCAUUCUCCAACCGAUAGUCUUUCGGAUCGUGCCUUGUUCAGUGUUAUUGCGAGACCGGCUCUACUGAUACUCGAUCCUGUUAUCGAAGGGGAUGCUGGGACCUAUAAAUGUCGAGUAGAUUUUCGUGUAGCUAGGACGAGGUAUUCCAAGGCAGAGCUUUCAAUUAUAAUUCCACCAAAGAAAACCAUCGUGAGGGAUACACAUGGCCAAGUUCUGGAAAGUUUAGUUGGUCCGUAUAACGAGGGUGAAAGCUUGACACUGGUGUGUGAAAGUGAAGGAGGUAAACCUUUGCCAUCUGUCUCAUGGUGGAGAGAAUCAGUGCUUCUAGACACCACGUACGAGAUCAUCUCGAAGAACAUAGUACAAAAUACUCUACUGAUUCCAAUGCUGGAACGUCAACACUUGAUGGCAACCUUUUCCUGUCAAGCCACGAACAACAACCAGACUUUACCACAAUCUUCAACUGUUACUGUGGACAUGAACUUUAGGCCUCUUGCUGUGAAGCUCACGAACAAAAACCGCCCGCUUUCUGCGGACCAUUCCUCAAAUCUGAGAUGCACGGCUGGUGGAUCAAGACCUCCGGCUCAAAUAUCUUGGUGGAAAGGUAGUAUGCAGCUUAAAAGUGCUAAAAUACUUACACCACCUGAUGUGGGCACUAAUGGAAACAUAACUGUUAGCGUGCUGACCAUCAUACCAACAAGCGAUGAUAACGGUAAAUACUUGUCCUGUCGAGCAGAAAAUGUUCUAAUUCCAGGAAGUGCUAUCGAAGAUGGAUGGAAACUACAAGUUCAUUUUGUUCCACAACUGUCACUUCGUCUUGGGAGUAAACUGCGUCAUAGCCGUAUUCAAGAAGGAAGUAACGUUUACUUCGAAUGUAAUAUUCGGGCCAAUCCUUCAGCAACGUAUAUCAGCUGGAAUUUUGAAGGCCUUGAAUUACAAGCAAAUACAUCGACAGGUGUGAUCAUCAGUAACCAAUCUUUGGUCCUUCAGAAGGUACAUCGUUCCAGUAGAGGACGCUACACUUGCUUAGCAACCAACAGUGAAGGACAAGGAGAGAGUAAUGCAGUGUUUCUUAGAGUCCAAUACCCCCCACAGUGUAAAAAGGAUCAAAAGUUUAUAUACGCAGCAACUAUGAAUGAGGGAGUCAAAAUAUCCUGUGAACUGGAAGCUGACCCUACGGAUGUCACAUUUGAAUGGAAGUUCAAUAGCAGUGGAGGGGUGGUGGACAUCAUAAACUUCAUAAACGAUGGAGCCACGAGCUACGCGACCAUCAUUCCUCGAAACCAGGAUGAUUACGGUUCGUUGUACUGCUGGGGAACAAACAUUGCUGGAACACAAAACAACCCUUGCAUAUACAAUGUGAUACCCGCCGAUUUUCCGGAAGCUUUACGUAACUGUAAUGUCACCAACCAGACUGACUCGUCCUUUCGUGUCGUAUGUGAGGAAGGUUACGACGGAGGCAUGAGUCAACUGUUUAUUAUGGAAAUCCACGAUACUACGCAUAAUGUAAUACGCUCAAAUCUUACAUCCAGAGCACCGGUUUUCCACGCGAAAGGUCUUCCCCCUGAUUCCAACUUUGUCGUAGUUUUGUAUGCAGUGAACGGGAAAGGCAGAGGGGAGGCAGUUAUGCUCAGACCUGGCACCCUGAAAGUGCCUGAAACUCUCACUCAAAAGGAUACUCACUGGAAUGUCACUCUCAACCCUCUGUUUAUUGUCUUUAGUGGCAUAGUUGGUGGACUAGUACUUAUAGCUAUCUUGAUUGUGUGUGUAUUAAAAUUUCGUGCAAAACGUGUUCAGCCUAGAAUGAGAGGAACAUCCGGUGUUACUACUGCCUCCGGUUUUUUCUCACAUGUUGUCAUCCUUAAAGGAAAUCGCCAACAAACAACUCGUAAUGAGAUAAAAGAACCCGAACCAGAAAAAUAUGAAGAACCUGAAGCGAAAUUAGAAGCUACAAGGAAAAAAUGUCCUGAUAUCAUUCCAGGGGUUUCAAUAGGCGAACAUCAUGGAGUAAAUAAAAACGUCUAUGACGACUUGAAAGAGGACUACAAUAUCCAAGAAGAAGGAAAUAUAUGGACAGCUAACAAACAUCUUCCUCAGAACCAAUCCUUUGAAAUGGACCCACUACAAAUACAGUCACACCUUAUAAAUAACGACGAGGAGUAUGUGGGACCACAAAGCUAUUGGUCAUCAUGUCAACCAAAUAUAAAGGGUGUUCGUGUUCUUCCUUCUCCAACACUCCAUACGUUCGUCUAUGACACUGACCAACCUGACCUUCAUCUGAUACCACCUCGUCAAACGGACGUCUGAACACGCCGUCCACAUUUACUAUUAAAUUUACCUACAAAUAUCAGAAUCUAUCAGUAAGUUGUAACAUUGAUGCGAACGUGCUCAUGAAGUUCUGAAGUUAACGUCGUAAGCCUAUCUUUGGAUGUACAACAAGUUCAUCUAUGAUUAAACAUCUACGUGUUAUACUAGAGGAGCAUCCAAACUAGUCCGUAUACGUGAUCAAUAUUAAAUCGGCUAAUUUGCCAGCUUUGCUAGAAUGUGACAAUGCAUUUUGUUGAACCUUUUCAUUUAAAAAAAAUGGAAAAGUAUAUGAUAUAUUUUAAGAUUGUGACAGGAGAUAUAAUCGUCUCUCAAUUUAUAUUGUGAUUUGUGUUUUUCUUUGUUUUGUGGAAUGCUUUUCUGUAGCUUAAUACAUUAUGACAUUUCACAAUUAUUCAGUAUUAUAUAUGUUGGAAAUGUUUAUUUAGAAAAUAGUGUUUAUUAAAUUAUAGAAGUGUAUUCUAUUGGUGACAACUUGACAUUUAAACUACGUUUCCGUACACGGAACAUCAUUGCGAGAGAACUGUAAAAAAAAACAAUGUUUUCAUGCCAGUCAAACAUUUUGCUUAGACUUGUUCUUCCUUAUAAUGAUUUAGUAAUUGAGGGUUAAAAAUGGUAUAUAUAUA